AUGAGUAAUAUAAAAGUGUUUUGUAGAAUCAGACCAUUAAAUUAAAGAGAAACUUCUUUGAUUGCUUACAACAUUAAAGAUUAGACUUUAUAAUUAGGUGAAUAAAAAUUUACAUUUGAUAAAAUUCUAGAUAUAAAUGCAAAUUAAUCAGAUGUUUAUGAGGAAAUAGGAAAACCAAUAAUAGAUUAAAUUUUGUAGGGAUUCAAUGCUACAUUGUUAAUGUAUGGAUAAACAUCAUCUGGUAAAACUUACACAAUGAUUGGUGAUCAAUAAUAACCAGGAAUAAUUCGAAGAACAAUUAGUGAUUUAUUUGAGGCUAUAGACAGUUCUCCAACAGAAUCUGAAUUUAGAAUAAAAAUAUCAAUUGUUGAAGUAUAUAAAGAAAAAGUUAAAGAUCUUUUGGAUAUAAAUAAACAAGAUUUAAAAAUAAGAGAAAUGGCUAAUUAAGGAUUUUACAUUUAAUAAGUUACAUAAUUAUGGGUGAGUGAUAAAGAUGAAAUUUAUAAUACACUACAAAAAAGUUUAGUAAAUAGAUAAGUUGGUUAUACAAAUCUUAAUGAUAUGUCUUCUAGAUCUCAUCUAUUAUUUUAAAUGGUAUAGAUAUUCAAAAUUCUAUUAGACAGUUAUUAUGAAUAAUGAAAUUGAAGGUACAUCGUAUACAGGAUAAUUAGUUAUGGCUGAUUUAGCAGGUAGUGAAAAUGCUACAAAGGCAGGAACAAGUGGAAAUACUCUUUAAGAAGGAGCAUUUAUUAAUAAAAGUUUAUUGACUUUAGUAAUACUUUAUUAUUUUAUAUUCACUAGUCUAAUGUUAUUAAUGGAUUGUCAGAAAAAUAAUAGCAUGUACCUUAUAGAGAAUCUAAUCUUACCAAAUUGUUAUGGAAUGGAUUAAGUAAAAACUCUAUGACUUCACUUAUUAUUACAUGUAGUCCAUGUAUUACAAAUGAAUCUGAAACACUUAGUACUCUCAGAUUUGGUGUCAGAGCCAAAAUGAUUAAAACUUAACCUAAAGUUAACAAAGAAAUUACUAUUAAAGAAUUAGAAAUUUAAAAUAAUAAACUAAUCAAAGAAUUAGAAGAAAAAAAUUAUAUCAUUAAUUAAUUAAAAAAAGAUGACAAUAAAGUUAAAAGUAUCAAAUUAGAAGAAUAAAUCUUACUAUUACAUAAAGAAAAUUAAUUAUUAAAAGAACAAAAUUCAUAAUAUAUUACAGAUUUAGAUAUGAGAUCUCUUGAUUACUAAGAACUUUAAACUAAUUUUAAAAAUUCUUUACUUGAAUCAGAUCGAUUGCAACAAAUUAAUUUUAAUUAUUAAUAGUAAAUUCAAUAAUUUCAAUAAAAUAAAGACAUUGAAAUUUAAGAAUUAAAUUCUCAAAUUGAAAAUCUUAAAUAAUAGAUUCUAUAAAAGAAUGAAAAUAUUUAACAAUUAUCUAAACAUCUAGAAAUUAUAUAAAAAUCUUAAAAUCAACAUGCUUAAUUAGAAUUACAUGAACACUAUCUUGAAAAAAUAUAAACUUAAAAUAUGGCAGAUCUACUUAAAGAAAUAGAUGAACUUAAAACUAAGUUGUUUCAAGAAAAGAAUAAAAUUAAAUAAUUGAAUAAAGUCUUUGAAAGUUAAAAUCUAGUUUCUAAUAAACAACUUUAAAGUCAAGAAGCAGAAAUAUCUAAAUUGAACGAUUAAGUCAAAAAUUAUUAAUUAUAACUUAUGAAAAAAGAUGAUGAAUUACAAAAUUUAAGUAAUUAAAAUAAAAAAAUUGAAAAAAAUUUAGAAAAUAGAAUUUAAAAAGUUGCAGAACUAUAAGAAAAAUAUGAUUACUUAUUUGAUUAGUUAAAUAAAUUAAAAAAAUAAUUAAAUUAUGAAGAAGUUGGUGUAUAUGAAGAAAAUCUAAAGUUACAUACAUAAUUAUAAGAAAUUUAAAAAAAAUAUCUUUAAGAGGAAUCCUUAAGAAGAUCAUACUAAUUAACUUCAAGUUAAACUUUAUAAGCAAAACUUUCAAGAAUUCAAUAACUAGAACAGUAUUUAUUUUUAUUAUUUUUUAGGGAAAAUUAUCAAUUAAAAGUGGAUAUUUAGAAUUCGUCAAUUAUGGGUUCUUAAAGAAAUAAUGAAUCUAUCAUAAUUUCAUAAUUUUAAUCGGUUAAUAGAGGUAGUACGAUUUCGAAAAUAGUUAAAAAAUAAUAGAAUUAGAUCGAUUUAUUGUGA